UGAUAUUUUCUGAGGAUUUCCGAAUGUUCUCAUGGUGCCGAGAAUGGAUAAAUAAACUGUAGACAGUGAAGUUUAUGGAUGAAAAUAUCUUGUAAAUUUCAAUUAUUCAUUUUAAAAAUUGCAAGACAGAGGAGCCCUUGGGUACAUACAAUUUCAGUGUGAUUGGUAUUUAGGUUAGAAAAUGGAUAACUAUGAGAAAUUUGGGAAUGAAAAUGAAUCAGUCUCCCCUCCUGAAAUUAGUGUGAGGUCUGAAACUACUGAUGGUGGAAAGAAAGCUGAUGAUGUCGAAAUUAAAGUUGACAGUGCUGCAGGUGACGGACGCCUUCAGAUUUACAAAACAGAAGUACAAGAAAAUAUGGAUUAUGUUGAUGAUCCAGGAGCAAAGGACAUUCCAAGAGGUGGAAUUGAGGGAUUACAGUGGAUGGUGAAAAGUGUAUUGGAACACAUAGCUUUUAGGCUCGUUACUGUUGUUUUGAUUCUCCUGGACUUUAUUUUUGUCAUUGUGGAGUUAACGGACCAGGAGUGUAAAAAGAACCAAGGAACUCUGGAAAUUCUGUCGCAUGUCCUGAUUAGCUACUUCAUGUUGGAAGUUUUCUUCAGAGUUUUCUACCAGGGGAAACGGCUGCUCACGGAAUGCAUGGUGUUGGAGAUGAUAGACAUUGGCGUAGUCACUGUGUCAUUUGUUGUUGAUGUGGCAUUUCUACUUUUUGCAGAAGGAAAUUCUUGUGGUGAUAAUUAUGCUAAGCUACUUAUCAUUGGGCGUGUUGUAAGGAUAUUACGAAUUGCAAGAAUCAUCUUCUUAAUGGUUCAGCAAAAAAGACACAUAGCAACAGCUUCCAGACGGAUUGUUUCACAAAACAAACGGCGGUACCAGAGAGAUGGCUUUGACCUUGACCUAUGUUAUAUUACUGAGCGGGUGAUUGCCAUGUCCUUCCCCUCUAAGGGGAUGAUGGCCAUGUAUCGCAACAAUGUCAAUGAAGUAGCAAGAUUUUUUAAUACAAAACACAAGGGUCACUACAGAAUUUACAAUCUAUGCAGUGAGCGGGAUUACGAUGAAACCCUUUUCAAUAACUGUGUGGAGAGAGUCUAUAUUGAUGACCACAAUGUCCCAAGAGUCAGGGAGAUGGUGGCUUUUUGUACCAAUGUAGAAGAAUGGAUGGAGCAGGACAAACAAAAUGUUAUUGCUAUACACUGUAAAGGGGGCAAAGGUCGAACAGGCACAAUGAUUUGUACAUGGCUGGUGCAUUGUGGGGUUUUUGAUGAAGCUCAAGAGAGUUUGGACUACUUUGGGGACAGAAGAACAGAUCUCACUGUGGGUAAAACCUUCCAAGGUGUGGAGACGCCAAGUCAGAGCAGAUAUGUUGGAUAUUUUGAACGCGUCAAAAAAGAUUUAAAUGGAUGUCAGCCCCCAGAAACAAAGAAACGGAUUACAUCAGUCAAAAUAGAGGGACUAGAAGGUGUUGGAAAUGGAGACGGAAGUGACCUGUCUAUGGAAAUCAGAGUGGACGGAUUAUUGAUUUAUGAGUGCCGAUUUGGAGAUAACAUGAACUGUCAGGUGACAAAGUACAUGGAUACACAUAGUGUUGUGGCUAAUCUUCAGAGCAGUCCUGUAAUCAUUGAUGAUGUCAAAAUCCGAUUUCUGUCGACAGCUAAAAACAUUCCUCAAAUAUAUGACCAUUGUGCUUUCUUCUUCUGGUUCCAUACCUACUUCAUUGAGGACAAUAAGCUAUAUCUGAGUAGGGAUGAAAUUGACAAUCCUCACAAGAAAAAGGCAAAAGCUGUGUUUAAGGAUAACUUUGCUGUGGAACUCCAGUUUGAGGAUGUUAAAGAAUGGCCUUGACAAGGCAGGCAUAUUGUAUUAAAAUCAUGGACAAAUUUGAUAAGUGAAAAUGUAGAGUUAAGGUCAAAUAAUCUUUAGUUUCUCAGGCCAAAAAUUUCAACAUUUAAAGAGGCAGGUUUUUUUUUUUAUAGCUGCAGUAUGAGUUUAAUACCUUUUUAGUUUUACAUAAACAUUAUUAUUUUGGUACACUUAUAUUGAAUUACUCACUUUAAGAGGUUAAAUGGUUUUAAACACUUGUAUAGAAAUGAUUAUGCAUGAUAUAAUUAUUUUACCAAAAAUGAACUUUUGAUUUCAUAAAUCGCUUCUGUAUAAAUGGUUGAAACAGAAAUUUUAGUUAUUCCCCUUUUCAAUUUUGUCAAUAAAAUUGAUCAAUGAGGUUGUCUUAAGUUUAAUGCAGCAGUGCCCGAGAAACUAAUAGUUUAUUUUGUGGCCUACAGUUUAGAUGGGUGACUUACACUCACGUACACAAAAAUCUCACUUGUGAUUUUUUUUUUUUCAAAAGGAAGUAUUUGCAAUAUGUUAUGAAAAUCAGUUGGCCUACCAGUACACUGAUAUUAAUUUCACACAUUUGUGUCUAUAUUUAUAAUACUCAUCAGAAUAUAAACACAAAAUAAAGCAUAACAAUUGUUUUAGCUAUGCUGGAUAUGCAAUACAAAACUGUGAUAAGAGAAGAUUUUUAUCCUGCAUCUACACAAAUAUUAAAUUCGUAUCAACUUUAUCAUGCAUCUACACAAAUAUUAAAUUCGUAUCAACUUUCCAAGUUUUGAACACUUGAUUUACAGUAUGUUUGUUUAAUAUAGUUUUACUUGAUUUAUUCAAAAUGAAUAAAUGAAAUAAUGAUGAAUAUAAUGCUUUCAAUAAUAGUUUAGAAAGCAAAAUUUGACAGAAUGUACAAGACUUGAGAUUUUGUUUUGUGGCUUUUUGCUACCUUUGUAACAUCGUAUUACAUGUACAUGUAGUUACAUAUCUGAUCUGAAUGUUGGAGGAAACAAAAAGAUGAAGAUCGAUACAGGGUAUUGUAGCUACUGUUUGUAAAUAUUUCUAUUAUUGGUGCAUGAAUGAAAAUAGCCAUUACUUCACGACUAACAGAAAAAUUAGAAGCAAUCAUGUCACAGUUCCUUGAUUAUUUGAUAUAAAUAGGAAAAUUCACCCCAAUGAAUUUUGAUGUUUUCAUUUUUUUAAAAAGGAAAUUACUUGUUUAAUUUAUGCCUGUCAUGAGACAAAUUUGUUCUGUUGAAAGAUGUGUUGUAAAAAAAAAAAAAAAAAAGUAGGUUGUAUGUAAUUUGUGAGUUCAGUAUAAAUUUCUCAGAUGUAAAUGUGUACUAAUAAAUGUUCAUUUACCAGUA